AUGCUUCAGCCUGUUCAUGCGCUCCUUCAUCCCAGUCCUGGGAACAGCGAGCAGCGACCGGUGCCCCAGAGCACGGGGACCGAACUCCUGUCGGCCGCCCACCACGGCGAUGAUGGGAUGGUCGUGGGUGCGAUUGGGCUCUCGCAGCCAUGCGCUUCCACCGGCCAGCAACUCGGCGAGGUGCUCAACGCCUCCGAGCGAAGACAACCUCUGGGCUUCCCAGCUCCGCGCAAGAGAAUCGAGGGUGCCGCCGUCCCACAGGGGGAAGCCAAGAUACUGCAGGGGCUGCCGGGCAGCUGGCGGCCAAAACGACAUCAGACCACCUACGGCGAGGCCCGCAUCGUUCGGAGCUGGCGGAACAAAGACGCUCAGCGGGCUUGGGAGCUCCUCGUGUACCCGCUGGUUUGCGAGGACGUUGAGUGCACAACCGCCUGA